CCCCCCCCCCUCCCCACUCACGGCUCUCUCCUCCUUCCUCUCGCAACGCAACUUCAGCUCGGAGCGCACCUCCCUCUCCCCGCCUCCUUCCCAGCCUUCCCAGCCUUACACUGUCUGGAGAGCUCGCCCUCGGACAGACCGGGAAACUUGAGCCCCGUGGAGCGGCGCUGGGAAACCUGCCUCUUCUCCCCGACGGGCGGACGCUGCAGUCUCCGAUCCCCGUCUUUCCCUUCUUCCACUCGGACUUGAACUCGACUGUUUACUAGUCGGCGAGGGAAGUCCUCCCGGUCCACUUUUGCAGGCGCAUCGGGCUCCCCAGCCUCAACCAGACUCCAUAGGUCCAGGGGAGAAGGAUCCCAGCCGCUAGGAAAGCUGCGAACUCCCGGAGCCAGCUCUUGUCCUUCUUCCCUCCGCCCUCCGCCACGUAUCUCUCUCCUCUCUACGUGGGGCUCAGGCUGAAACCCAGAACAACAAAACGUAGAUCUCUCCCGACCGCUGCCUUUUUCUCCUCUUCCCUCCCUCCCUCCUUCUCCUUUUUUUUUUUUUUUUCCUCCCUCUUUUUCCUUUGGAGGAAAGAUCCGUGGGCGCCUCAGAAACUAGAGACUCUCCUGGAGACCACUUCGGAGCUAAAAUAGAUUCAGAGGCGUGGGGUCUCCCCUGGUCUCUCUGAACCUCCUCUCCAGUCUCCAGCCAGCUACGGAAAGAACCAAAAAACAACCCUAGACAAACCCAGGACCGUUUCGGGGAAGGGAACGCGGUGGUUUGGAGAACGGAACCCCCCUUUCCAGCCUCUUAACUAAUCUAUGCAGCUAUGUCUUCAUUUAUAGGCGCUUCUGCCUGGUCUAGGCUUCCCAACAGCUGAGACGCGCCCAGGACUGAGAUGGAGCAUUGCGCGGCUACUCUCUGAUCCUACCUCCCGGCUGCCCAGGGAGCUAGCCGAGGGAGCGGAGCCGCCAGACGGACCGCGGCGGACGCGGACACUCGCAGCGAGUCGGGUCGGGGAGCUGGGGGUGGGGGGGGCGGGGAGGCGCCGAUGGACGGGGAGAUGAAGGUCUGAGGCUCGGUUCUGUGAAACGUGACCAUGUGGAUUAAACAGCUCUUAGGAAUCAGUUCGAUGUCUGUCCACUGGUCUGGUUGCCCUAUAGGAAGCCAUGCUUGGAUACUUAUAGCCAUGUUUCAACUAGCCAUGGAUUUCCCCACCUGUGAAUCUUUAGCUCAAGGCCCAGAAUUCAGGCUUUUGCCUCGGCCUUUCCACAAUUCCCGAUUGUGGAGUUUUAAGAAUGGACUGGCAACGAAGAUCCCCACCCCUUUAUGGAACCUUCUUUCAUUUCGUCCUGAGCGUGCACAUGGACAAAUAAGGACAUAUCAUUCCAGAGGGACCCACAGAACCAGGAACCAGGGAGUCAUCCCUUUGAAAAGUGGGUCAUCGAAACACCCAGAAGCUGCCAAAUUCAACCCUUCUCUUCUGUCCUCGAUGGGCAGUGGGAGUAUAGAACAGCAAACACCUUUGAGAAGGGACAAAAGGCACCUACAGGGGGGUAGUUUGAAUAAUUUUGACUUCAGAGGGAGCAAACCAACAGUGGAAACUGAAUUCAUUGCAUGGGGUCCUACAGGCGAAGAAGAAUCUGUAGAAUCUAGCACAUCUCCUGGGAUUUAUGGCCCUACCACUGUCUCUAUUUUACAAACCAGAAAGACAACUGUGGCUCCUACUACCACCACUACCACAAGCUAUGUCACUGUACAGACUAAGGGAUUCCUAGAAUCCCUUAGUCCUGGGAUUAUUAAGAACAACCCUAACUAUCCGAGUAGGAUUAGCACAACAGAACCCUCCACUGUCUCCAACAGCAAUGGCAAAGACAUCACGCCGCCACGGAUUGUGGAGCCCUCAGGUCUGGCUGUCCAUCAGAUAAUAACCAUCACUGUCUCCCUCAUCAUGGUUAUAGCUGCUCUGAUUACAACUCUUGUCUUAAAAAAUUGCUGUGCACAAAGUGGAAACACGCGGAGAAACAGCCACCAACGGAAAAUCAAUCAGCAAGAAGAGAGCUGCCAAAACCUGACAGAUUUCACUCCUGCCCGGGUGCCCAGCAACUUGGACAUAUUUACCGCCUAUAAUGAAACCCUACAAUGCUCACAUGAGUGUGUUAGGACCUCAGUGCCCGUGUAUACUGAUGAGACUUUGCACCCAACUGGAGAGUAUAAAACCACCUUUAAUGGAAACAGACCUUCUUCUUCUGAUCGACAUCUAAUUCCUGUGGCCUUUGUGUCUGAGAAAUGGUUUGAAAUCUCCUGCUGACUGGCCGAAGUCUCUUUUACUUCCUGGGGGCAGGGCAGACGCCAUGUGUCUAUUUCCUGGAUUCCGUUGGUGAACCUGUAA